CUCAACCCUGUCAGAGAGAGAGAGAGAGAGAGCACUUGGUUCAUUCUCUUCACUUGUUGUUGGUCUCAAAGGUUCGAACUUUAACGUUGUGCACGAUGAUGGGGAGCAACAGAGAGAGAGAAGAAGCCCUCACAUUCACAAUCCCCUCAUCCUCUUCUCAUUCUUCCCCCAUCACUGUCUCCGACCAACUCGACAGCUACCUCACUGACCCAAGAAGCGCCUCCGGAAGUUUCCAGAACGAGGGUCUUCUCUCCGCCGGCGAAGCCGCCGCCGCCGAUUCCGAGUUCGGAUUCUCGCGCCCCGAUUUCCGACAAAGCCCCCUCGUUGGCACAGUUGAGUUGUAUGAACGCCACUUGUUCCUCUGCUACAAGAACCCUCGGGUUUGGCCACCGCGAAUCGAGGCUGCAGAGUUCGAUCGUUUACCCAGGUUGCUCUAUGCAGCCGUCGUGGCAAAAAAGAGCCAUAUGAAGAAGGAGACCCGCUUAACGAUAUGUGAGGGUCAUGAUGGGACUGAAACAUCUAAUGGGGAUGUGUUAAUCUUUCCUGACAUGAUCAGAUACAGGAGAUUAACACAUUUUGACGUUGAUACAUUUGUUGAAGAAGUUCUCGUGAAGGAUGGAGAAUGGCUUCCUGGAACCCCUGAAGCAUUGAAAGGUUCAUAUGUUUUUGUAUGUUCACAUGGAUCCCGUGAUCGCAGAUGUGGGGUUUGUGGACCUGUCUUGGUCAGUAGAUUCAGGGAAGAGAUAGAAUUACAUGGUCUUCAAGGUAAAGUGUUUGUUAGCCCGUGCUCACACAUUGGGGGACAUAAGUAUGCAGGAAACGUCAUUAUAUUUGGAUCAAGCAUGAAUGGAGAAGUCACUGGGCACUGGUAUGGAUAUGUUACCCCGGAUGAUGUACCGUUGUUGCUUCAACAGCAUAUCAUAAAAGGGGAGAUUUUUGACUCAUUAUGGAGGGGUCAAAUGGGUUUAUCAGAAAGUGAACAGAUAGAAAAGCAAGAACAAAGACUUUUGCUGAAUGGCAUAAGAAAUUUGGAAGAAAGCACUGCAGUUUGUAGAUCUCAAGAGAAUUUUGUGAGCUGCUGUCAAUCAAAUGGAGUGAGCUGCUGCCAAGAAAUUGCAAACUCUUCCUUUUGUCAGAAUCAUGUAUUAGUGGAAAAGAGAAAGGACCCUGAUGUCAUUGAGACGGAGGCGAAGCUCUCAGCUGAUAAUAAGAGCAGUGGAACUGUAAUUUCUCGGAUCAAUAGUGGCAAAGGAGCUUCACGCAAGUUUCCUUCCUUGACAACAUGGCUUGAUGGCUGGGAGCAAGAAGAUACUUAUGCUGCUCUUGCUGUUGCCUGUGCUGCUGUGUCAGUCGCCGUUGCCUAUAACUGCUACAAGCAAUUGACAUAAGAAGAAUAAUCCACAUUGGCAGUGUUACUUAGUGGGUCAGAUAACCUCAGCUUUAUUAUAUCUGUAUAUUAGCUUCGUGUUGUUUGAUGCUAGUGCAGUUCUUCUUUAGAUGAAUUCUUACUUGACAUGCAAGGGAAUGAGUGGGAGCUCAAUCAUUAAUCUGGGUGUGUGUGCUUUACUGCUUGUGGAAUAUUAUUGGCUGAGGAGGCACUUAUAUAAUUUGCCGGUUAGCUUCAUCUGUACAUAUAAGAAAUCUUAGCCUCAGAGUCUUCAAAUUAAACAUUAAUAGUUUGUUUAGGUAGAAUUUGAUUU